UAAAAUCAUUUCCCAAUCCUCUUCCUCUCUGCUCCCUGUCAGCUGUGGUGCAGUUUGUGGACUUUUACAACAAUGGAGUGCUGCCUGUCUGAGGAGGAGACGCAGAACCUCAGGGUGCACAAAGAAAUAGAGAGGCAACUUCGACAAGAUAAACAUAAGUCUCACAAUGAGGUGAAGCUGCUGCUUUUGGGGACUGGUGAAAGUGGGAAGAGCACUUUCAUCAAACAGAUGAGGAUCCUUCAUGGCGCUGGAUACAGUGAAGCUGACAGGAAAGGCUUCACUCGCCUCGUGCAUCAGAACAUCAUCACGGCCGUCAAGGCGCUGAUCAGCGCCAUGAAGACGCUGCAGAUCGACUACGACGACAACCAGAACAUUAGCCAUGCACAGAAGCUGAGCCAGGUGGAGGACGACCAGGUUCUCACUUUGGAGGCUUGGCAGACGGAGGCCGUUAAGAGCGUGUGGAGCGACCGAGGUGUUCAGAGGUGCUACGACCGCCGGAGGGAGUUCCAGUUAUCAGACUCUGCCAAAUAUUACCUGACCGACUUGGACAGAAUCACAACCCGGUCGUUUAUCCCCGAUGUUCAGGACAUCUUGAGGGUCAGGGUCCCCACCACCGGCAUCAUCGAAUACCCCUUCGACAUUUCACAUCAGUUCAAUAAGAUCAUCUUCAGGAUGGUGGAUGUGGGGGGGCAGCGUUCUGAGAGGAGGAAGUGGAUCCACUGCUUUGAAAACGUCAAGACCAUCAUCUUCCUGGCGGCGCUCAGCGAGUACGAUCAGGUCCUUUUCGAGAGCGAGAACGAUAAUCGACUGCAAGAAAGCCUCGCCUUGUUCAAGACCAUCCUCUCCUACUCCUUUUUCCAGGAGUCCUCCACCAUCCUCUUCCUGAACAAAAAGGACCUGCUGGAGGAGAAGAUCUUACGCUCUCAUUUGGCGACAUACUUCCCGGCCUUCAAAGGUCCUCAGGGAGAUGCCAAAGCAGCACAAGAGUUCAUCUUGCAAAUGUACGUGCAGAACCACAGCGACCAUCCCAAAAGUCUCUACAAACACUUCACCUGUGCCACGGACACCAAGAACAUCAAGAUCGUCUUCAGCUCGGUCAAAGACACAAUCUUCCAGGAGAACAUUGACAUAUUUAACCUGGAAUAAGGCGGGGUGCAGACAGGAAGAAGAAGGAGCCUUCGGUCACAUGUCGUAAAAUGUUAUGGACUUUUUUUUAAUCUCUUGUCGGCUGCAGUGUGUUCAAAGACAUCAGAGGUAGGCAGCCGUUCCAGGUAAGAGACUGGAAAUGUGUAUUGUUAUCAUAUUUAAGAAAACCCCCUGAAAACAAGUGCCGGACCUUAGGGUUUGUUCGGGUGGUUUUUAUUUAUUCCCUUCUAAUUUUAAAUGUAUUUGUUUUCUCUUAGGAUUACCUUUAAUUACUUAUCUUUAAAAACCUUUAAUGUUUUGCUAAUGUAAAGCAACUUUAGCUACCCAGAGUGCUAUACAAAUGUUAUGUAUGAUUAUUAUGAUUAUUAUGAAAUAUAAUGCAAUAAUUAAAUAAGAAUUAUUUAAUUUACAUUAAUAUGAUUUAAUGUAAUGAUAAUAAUAAUAAUAAUAUAAGAAGUAGUCGCCCCUUAAACAAUAACUUUUUGUUGUGAUGAAUGUAAAUUAUAGCACAGUUAGCUCGCUGCUGCACCACCUUCUUGAUACAGCUGUAUAUAAACAUCUUGUUUAAUUUUGGAAAUUAUUACAUCUAUUUUUACUCCAAUAAAUAUUGACUUUUGGACUUUAAAACGC